AUGCUUGGAAAGCAUCAAAAUUGGCGAGAACUGUUCCAGGUAGAGAAUUGCAACCUUGUACAAACUACGAAUGGUCAACGCGGACGCUAUGCUGCUCUGAGCUACUGUUGGGGUGACGACUUACCCUUAGAAACGACUACAGCAAACCUACAAGCACAUGAGUCUGCUAUCGGCUUCCAGAAGCUACCACAAACCCUGCAGGACGCUGUCAUGGUGGUACGAUACCUUGAUAUUGGAUACAUCUGGAUUGAUUGCCUGUGCAUCCUACAGGACUCAAAGGCAGACUGGGAACACGAAGCUGCACAUAUGGCAGAUAUAUACUCCAAUGCUUACCUGACUAUAGCUGCUUCACGAGCAAAGCACUGUGGAGAAGGAUUUCUCGGCACUCGCAAAGUACACUCCUCGCUCCACGUAUGCGUUGAAGAUAAGGAGGGCUCAUUCGAGCUAUACUUCUGCAAGCAAAUUGAAAACACUGUCAAGUACUCCCAACCCUUAGAACGUCGUGGAUGGGCUGCCCAGGAAAGCCUGCUCUCCCAUCGUGUUCUGGGUUUUGGCGAAGAUCAGAUGACCUGGGGUUGCGCUCAAAUCGACGAAACUGAAGCAUACGAUGGGCCAGCCGUCACGCCUGUUCACCGAACAGACUUUGAAGACAUGCUGCAAGGCUUGCAACACCCUAUGUCCAACCGGUUUCGAUCGAGUGCUUGGGCACUCUUUACAAAGUUAUAUAGCGAACGCAAAUUGACCUACGAGACGGAUACCUUCCCAGCCAUAUCUGGAAUUGUUCAGAGAAUCCAAAAAAACACUGGAGACACAUAUCACGCGGGUCUAUGGAGGCGCCAUUUCCUUGAAGGCCUUCUAUGGUACUUGGAGGGAGACUUCGUUUCACGCAAAGAAAAUGUGGGAAAACCUGGAGUAACGCGAAGACGCAAAGGAUGGGUUGCUCCAUCCUGGUCUUGGGCAUCGAUAACAGGAAACAUAAGCUACCCAUUUACAGGCCUAAGUUCUGGGUAUUGUGCCCGUCUUGAAGAGUGUAGCACUACCCUCAGCGGUCUGGACCCUUUUGGCGCACUCACAGCUGGCUUCGCCCGAGUCACGGGUCCGGUCACAGAAAUCAGAGAUGUCGCUGAAGACGAGGCGCCCAGUUGCCAUCGUCAAUGCAUCAUUACGCUCGCGGACGGUACUCAGAAUAAAGCUGCAAUCAGGUUUGACUUCGUCUGGUACAAGUCUUGCAGUGCGUUGAUGAUCACCCCAAACUUGGGUUUAUGUAUCAAGAAUGUCGAAGAAACGGCCGACACAUAUUGCCGGAUUGGUGUGAUUACCGUCGCGAGAGCACCGGGCGACGGUCAGAGUGGCAGAAGACAACUACCUCAGUUGACUGCUUCGGAUUAUUCACCACCACGUACUAUUACAUUGGUUUAG